UAGAUCUUUUUGAGAACCGGCGUGCAACGUGCUCCAUACGUGUUGUCGCCGCUGUCACAAUUUGCGUCGGCGACCGCCGACUCACCGGUAGGAUUUUACAUUCAGCCCUGCCUUUAAAAGUUAAUUAGCGAUGGCUCCCAAGAGGAACAAUAUGGUGCCCAACGGCCACUUCCACAAGGACUGGCAGCGCUACGUGAAGACGUGGUUCAACCAGCCGAUGCGCAAGAAGCGCCGUCACGCACACCGCGUGAAACGCGCGCGGGCCAUCGCGCCGAGACCCGUCAAGGGUUCCCUGCGACCCGUCGUCAGAUGUCCGGGGUUCAAGUACAACACGAAACAGCGCCUGGGCAAGGGUUUCUCCCUGGAUGAACUGAAGGCCGCGGGCAUCGCCAAGAGGGUCGCCAAGACCAUCGGCAUCUCCGUGGACUACAGGCGCCGCAACAAAAGCGUCGAAAGCCUGCAGCAGAACGUUCAGCGUCUCAAGGAAUAUCGCUCCAAGCUGAUCCUGUUCCCGCGCAAGGCUUCGAAGCCAGGCAAGGGUGAUGCGUCGGCGGAGGAACAGAAGCUCGCGACCCAGCUGCGCGGUGUCAUCAUGCCGCUGAAGAAGAGCGCCCACCGUGAAAAGCCUCGGGUCCCCACUGAAGAAGAGAAGAAGUACAGCGCCUACGUACAUCUGCGGCAAGCGAAGGCCAAGGCACGCCUCUGGGGCAAGCGGGCGAAGAAGGCUCGCGAGGCAGCGGAGACCAUGGAGGCUCAGGCACCUAAGAAGGCCUAGCGUGGGCUUUGUGUGAAUACAUUAAAUGCCAUGGGAAAACUAAA